GAGGGGCUUCAGUCUGCUUGUAGCAGUUGAACUUGAAGCAAACUUGAAGCAAAGUGAUUCCGGUUCCCAGUGACUGACAGUGAGAGGGACUGAAUCCUUCUAAUAGCCAUGGAAGCCAUAGAGCCCAUCCUGACAAUUGUUAAGGGCAUCUAUGACCUGUUAGAGACCGUGAAGGCCAAUAAAAAGCGCAGUCAGCGCAUUUGUGACCGUGUCAAAGCCUUGGAAAAGAUCAUUCGUUCCAUUCAAACCCAAAAGAAAGUCGUAGAAACCGCUGACGUGAAGAGCAUCAUCGAGGAUCUCACAGUCACUCUGAACGGAGCACAGAAUCUCCUGGAAAAACAUGCAUGUUCAAACUGGAUGAAACGUGCCAUAAGGAAGGGUUACUAUGAAGAAGAGUUCAACCAUGUCAAUGAAAGGCUCAACGAUGCCUUCCAGAAUCUAAGUUUAACUCUGAAUGUGGAGCAUGAAGACACGAUCCACAAGGUUUUUGACAAGGUUACUCAAAAGAUGGAGGACGAAGAAGACAAGAGGAAGGACGAGGAGGAGUUGCUGGAUAAGAUGACGUCAUUGCAGAAUGAUGUGACUGAAAUCCUCUCCCUCUUGAAGAUGCAAAAAAUGCCCUAUGACGAAAUUCGAAAAAUAAAGCUUUCUGAGCUCAAAUUUAUUCCAGACUUACCCAAAAAACCAUUCAUGACAACAGAGUCUGCAGAGGUCUUCAAAGGAGAGUUUCAAGGGUUCCCCGUUGCUAUCAAGAAGUAUCUGAACUCAGGUCAGUUCAUAAGUACUGAGGUGGAAACAAUCUUCAAAAAGGAAAUUCAAACAAUGAAUCGCUUUCAAUCACCCAACAUCCUUCGUAUGUUUGGCAUCUGCAUCAAUAAUGAAAACACUCCACAGGCUGAGUUCCUGGUCGUCAUGGAGUACUGCGAAAAAGGAAGCCUUCGAGAAGUUCUGGAUUCGCGCUGUGAACUGUCCUGGACCAGGAAAGCUCACAUGUGCCUUGAUGUGGCACAAGGAAUCUACAGGCUGCACCAGGCAGAGCAAAACUUCAGGGUUCAUGGAAGCAUCAGCAGCAGCAAGUUACUGGUAGAUGAGGCCUACAGAGUCAAGCUGGGAGGCUUUGAGGUUUCCAAAACGGAGACAUCGCUUCAAAAGUCUGUGAAAAAAAACGCGCAGGAGUCAACUCUGUGCUACGCCGCUCCUGAAAUGCUGGAUAACCUCAACAACAAAUUCACCAAAGAGUGUGAGAUCUACAGUGUUGGGAUUGUUCUGUGGGAAAUUGCAACAAGCAGGAAACCAUUUGAUGGUUUAGAAGGAGGCCUCAUUUAUGAAAAAGUGUGGAAAGAAAAAUAUCAAGAACCACUUCCACCUGAUUGCCCUGAAAAUCUACGGCAGAUAAUCAACGCCUGCCGGGCUUACAACAGCUUUGACCGACCAUCAGCUGGGGUGCUCAUGGAUAAACUGCGCUUGGUGGUGGCCCAGCUGGAGCAGUGAGACAACAAUCAUCUUCAGAGGAAUCAGACAUACAGCCUAGAGCUGUGUUCAGGGUGUUCUAGAGCUUUCUAUUUUAAACAUUUACGGUAAAAUGAAACAUUCUAAACCAUUUUAUUGAUAGUAACCCAAGAAAAAAAAGCUUGGUAAGAAGGUUAUACUUGAAACUUACUGUUUUUGUGGAACCAGACAAAAAAACCUGCAAAAAUCAGGGAGAAUUGGUCAGAACAAGCAAUCCACUUUUAUCUGUAAAGCACUUUUAAACUACAAAGACCCUUACUUGAUGGUUCCUCCAACACAACGCUUAUUUAUUCUUCAACUGCAAAUCCGUCAUUUAGGACGCAGAUUCAGUUUGUGACAAUAAAUUGGCCAGUAAUCAAAAGACUGAAUGUUUUUGUGUGAAUGCCAGAUUCACACUGUUGUGUUUGUUUCUAUGAAGGUCCUCAAUCCAAUCUGUGCCAUUUCAUAGUCAAUGGAAAACCAGCAAUUGAUCUGUUUAAGUUUUACUUCAUUUUUUAUUUGUGAUUAUCCUAUUUGGAUGUUUGAACCUUAGAAUUUUUUUGAAAUUUUAACUUUUUUGACUGUCAAACUAUUUCAACCAUCAUCUCCUUAAGGGUCUCCCUUCAAUGAAAAUCCUGUUUUUGUAGUUUUUAACAUGUAUGUGUAGCAUUUUUCUUCUGAAAGAGAACAAAUGUAUUAAGAGAUUGCUUUGUUUUUGUAUUUCCGAGUAUUUCUCCUUUUAAA